AUGACUUCUAGAAAUCUUGUACAAGGUGAAAGGAGUACUGAUGACAAAAAUUCAAAUUCAUUAUACUACGAUGUUGACAUUACAAAUAAAUCUGAUAAUGUGAACGAUUUAGAUGAAAAUAAUCUAUCAACUUUAAAUACAUUAAAGUCAGUAGAGUAUGUAUCAGAUGAACAUCAACAUAAACCAAAUAUUCGAAAACGUAAUCAUUACAUUGAUCAAUUACCAGAGCAAACAGAUCUUCGGGUGCCUGCUGAUUCUUCAAUAACGAACAGGAAAAGCUUAUUAAAAACAUUGCAUCAGAUGCUACCCAUAUGGGUUAGUCAAAUUUUUCAUAAAAAUAUAUCAUCCACAGACGAUUUUUCUGAUUCAAUUAGUGCAACAACGAUUAAACAAAAACACAUACCAAAACAGAAAUCGCCAUCGUCAUCAUCAUCUUCGGUAUCAUUAACAUCCAAAAAAUCCAUCUGCUCAUUUAAAUGUAAACAUUUUUUUAGUGUAUUAUUUAUACUAUUUUGUCUUCUAUAUUUAUUACUCUAUAUACGUCCGGAAUACGGUGUCACUAUGUUUGGUAUAGUUGAGUCCAUUCUGAAAAAAUAUAAUUUAACAUCAGAAGAAUAUCGUUUACGACCCGGAGAAAUUAUGGCAAAAUAUCGUCGACCUUCAAUGCCUGUUAUUAUCGUUCCUGGUAUAAUCAGUACAGCAUUAGAAAUGUGGAACGGGAAAAAAUGUACUAAAGGACGAUUUCGUCAACGAUUUUGGACAUCAAUACAAAUGGUGACGACUUUUGGUAGUGAUCAUUUAUGCUGGCUUGAACAUCUUUCUUUAAAUAUAACAAAUUGGGAAGAUCCUAUUGCAAUCAAGUUAAGACCCGUUCUUGGAAUGAGUGCAGCGGACUAUGUCUUUCCAGGAUAUUGGUUGUGGUCAAAAGUGUUAGAAAAUCUAGCAGAUUUAGGUUAUGACACAGCGAAUUUAUUAUCGCUAGGAUACGAUUGGAGACUACCACCUCAAAUGUUAGAAGAAAGAGAUGGUUACUUUACACAAUUAAAAUUUUAUGUUGAAUUUAUGAGAAAAAAACAUAAUAAGAAGGUGGCUCUCAUCAGUCACAGUAUGGGUACAAAUUAUGUGUUUUAUUUCUUACGAUGGGUAACAGAAAACUCGAAUAACAGUGAAUGGAUUGACGAUAAUAUAGAAGCGUUUUUGAAUGUAGGUGGACCACUUCUCGGUACUUCAAAAGCGUUCAGUAGUGUAUUAUCGGGCGAAAUGAAAGAUACAAGCAUUCUUGGGGAUUUAGGACGUAAUAUUCUCGGUCGUGUUCUUGGUAAAUUGGUAGUAUUUCCCCGAUUUUUUCGAUCGUUAGGCAGCAUUCCAAGUAUGUUUCCUAAAGGUGGUCCAAAUAUUUGGUCACAUUGCACUGACAAUAAAGGAGACAAAAUGCUCACAUUUUCAAAAAAUGUUUAUGACGGUUUUGCAAAAACGUUGAUUCAUCUACGAAAAAAAUGUGAAGAAGAAAUUAGCUACAAAGAUGGUUUCGAUUCUAUAUUGGAAGAAAUUUAUACCAAACCUGAAUUAAUGGAAAAGAUUAUGACUUCAAAUCAUAGUGUCAAUGAAUUUUAUACGGUUUUAAAAAAGUUAGCUCCACGUUAUAUGCAACUAGUUGAAAAAUAUUAUAAUUUUGAUGACAAUGCGUCUCGAAUGAAGCAAAAUAAAAAUGAAACGUUGAAUAAUAGCAAUUUGUUCUGGAAAAAAGAUGACCGUACUUGGACAAAUCCAUUAGUAGCACCAUUACCUAUGUCAAAACAUUUAAAAAUCUAUUGCAUGUAUGGAUACAUAAAGGAGCCAAUGACGGAAUGUGGAUAUCAAUAUGGUUUUUAUUCAUAUGUAGAUCAUUGUUCGAGUGCACUAUUAUUAUUCAAUACAUCGGCCACUAAUCCAAACGAAAAUUUGAAAAAAGGAGUAUAUUUAGGAGCAGGUGAUGCGACCGUAUCUCUUGUCUCUCUUGGUUACAUGUGUGCUGGUCCAUGGAAACAAAAAGGUAGUGAAUUGAAUCCCCAAAGUGUAAAAACAAUAAUUCGAGAAUAUAUUCAUAAAACAACAACAUUCGAUAUUCUGACAACAAAACUUGAAGAUAGUUUAAGAGGUGGACCGUAUGCGGUUACUCAUGUAGAAUUAUUAGGGAAUAGAGAUUUUCUCGAAGAUAUGUUGAUUAUUGUUUCAGAACCGAUUCCAGGUACACAUCCAACAAACUUAAAAGUUAAUGAUAAUAAUGUCAAGGAAGAUAGAAUCUAUUCGAAUAUAAAAGAACUAAGUAAAGAAAUAAUGAAAGCAGACGGGUACAAAAUAUCUUAG